GGUCCAAGAUUCAACAGCUGCUGCUUCUGCCCCCAACGCUGCUUCUGCCCCCACUGCGACCCCUUCUUCUCCUGCUGCCCCAUCUCAGCCUUCCACAUCCAGCAGCGCCGCUUCUGCUACAUCCAUCCUGUCUGGCUUCGGUGGCAUCACUGGGCUGGGCAGCCUUGGCAUGGGCUCUGCCAACUUCAUGGAGCUCCAGCAGCAGAUGCAGCGGCAGCUGAUGUCCAACCCCGAGAUGCUUUCUCAGAUCAUGGAGAAUCCCUUGGUGCAGAACAUGAUGUCGAACCCCGACCUCAUGAGGCAGAUGAUCAUGGCCAAUCCCCAGAUGCAGCAGCUCAUGGAGCGAAACCCAGAGAUAAGCCACAUGCUGAAUAACCCGGAGCUCAUGAGGCAGACGAUGGAAUUGGCUCGUAACCCUGCCAUGAUGCAGGAGAUGAUGCGGAACCAGGACCGUGCUUUGAGUAACCUUGAGAGCAUUCCAGGAGGAUACAACGCCCUGCGUCGGAUGUACACGGACAUCCAGGAGCCCAUGUUUAGUGCAGCCAGGGAGCAGUUUGGCAACAAUCCUUUCUCUUCCUUGACUGGCAAUUCUGAUAACUCGAGCUCUCAGCCUUUGCGGACGGAGAACAGAGAGCCGUUACCCAACCCCUGGCGAGCAGCAAGCCAAGCAGUACCCUGGCUGUCCACAGCAAUACUUGUUGACCAGGGGAUGAAGCAAAGGAGUUGCUGUUCUGUCAGGUAUUUCAGCAAUGCUCAGGGUUGCAAGGGGUUUUCCUUUGUCUUUUCUUCCCUCUCCCCCACAGGCAUGUUUAACAGCCCAGAGAUGCAAGGACUCCUGCAGCAGAUUUCCGAAAACCCUCAGCUGAUGCAGAACAUGAUCUCGGCCCCUUACAUGCGAAGCAUGAUGCAAACUCUUGCCCAAAACCCAGACUUUGCAGCACAGAUCAUGGUAAAUGUCCCCCUCUUUGCUGGGAAUCCACAGCUUCAAGAACAGCUCCGCCUUCAGCUCCCUGUCUUCCUGCAGCAGAUGCAGAACCCAGACUCCCUCUCCAUUCUCACCAACCCCCGCGCCAUGCAGGCGCUUCUCCAGAUUCAGCAGGGACUCCAGACGCUGCAAACGGAGGCCCCAGGACUAGUGCCAAGCCUCGGCUCCUUCGGUACAGGUCCCAAACCGAAGCCCGCGGCCACGUGGGGAGGUGGGUAACGUCGCCAAGUGAGCCUGGGGUGUUCCAGCACGCCUGAAGCUGAGCUCAGCGUCCCCGCUCGGCCGUCCCUGCUGUCCCUGCCCCGUGUUGGAUGUCGAUCUCUGCCGUGUCUGACUCUUAAGGUCUUUGUCCUUUCCGUCCAGGCGCAGAGCCCUGAAGUGCGAUUCCAACAGCAGCUGGAGCAGCUGAACGCCAUGGGCUUCAUUAAUCGUGAGGCCAACCUCCAGGCUCUUAUUGCCACUGGUGGAGACAUCAAUGCAGCUAUUGAGAGACUGCUGGGCUCCCAGCCCUCCUAAACUCUUGUCAUGCUGCCCCGCAGGCGUCAGCACAUGCAUCCAUACACAUGCACAGGGGGAUCUUUCAGGAAAGCCCGCCAUCAUUUUCAUAUCUGACAGCUGUCCAUGUAUUUAAAACAAACACAAAAAAAAAGAUACAGCUUAACCCCUGACCUUCCUACUAAGUUAAGAUUUCAUGUUGAAAUGCUCUUUAACUGGCUUGUAUGUGAAUUCCAGUUCUCAUCGUGGCCACAGAGACUUCAGAUGUGUAUUUUUUCCUAAAUAUGCCCUCUGUCUCAGACACUCUUCUCUCUCUCUCUAGAUGGUAGAGGCGAUACUUCUAGUUACUUACCUGAAUGAUUGUGUUUUGAGUAGCUUGAUUUUAACUGUACAUGAUUCCCUCCCCUAGCCCUCCUUUCAGGCGAAUAUUUAAAAACUUGAGCCAAGUCUGGGCUUUUGGUUCUUUUCUCCCAGCGUCACAUUGGGAACGGAUCGAAAGAAAAAUCGAAACGAGCUGGCAAUUUC